AUGUUAGAACAACAACAACACCAACAAGAUGUGCUAAACGUAUUCUUCAGCAAACCACAAAAAAGAAUAUUUGAUUCACAAUCACUGCUCUAUUUUCAACGAUCCGUGGCUAUCCAGAGAAUAAGACACUAUUUGAAGAAAUAUGUCCAGCUGAUGACUGGAAGACCAAUUCCAAACAUCGAUGGAUAUGUGCCACAUUAUAAGACCACACAUAGGGUUGUCCAUCUUUUAGACACCCUAUACAGUUUGUUUUUGUCUACUCCACCCCUGAAGGGUCCAAGACGGUUUGGUAACAUGGCUGAUAGAUUAUGGCACGAUAAAAAACACGAAGUCAUUAGAUUGUUGAUCAGAGAGAUUCUUGUUGAUUUAUCCACCCGAUAUCAAGAUGGUAAAAAUGAACAUCUGAUUGAUGAAUUGCAAUACUAUAUUGAAAAUUCUUUCGGGUCAAAGGUCAGAUUGGAUUAUGGUACUGGUCAUGAACUCUCCUUUCUAGCAUUUAUCGCUUCAUUGGAUAUGUUGCAACUAUGGGGUGACAUAGAUGUCUCUACAGCUCCAAAUUCAAAGGGAAAUGACAAACUGACAAACUUUGCAGAUGAUUUGAUGUUCAUUUGGUACAAAUAUUACCAUCUGAUUAAAUCGUUGAUCCUUGUAUAUAAUUUGGAACCGGCUGGUUCUCAUGGGGUAUGGGGUCUAGAUGACCAUUUCCAUCUAGCGUACAUAUGGGGUGCAUCUCAAUGGUCUAAUCCUCAUAAUUGUUUCCUUUUGCCAAGAGAUUUAUUAGUUGAUCAACAAUAUGGGUUUUACAAGGACCAGAAUUUUUUCGCUCAAGGUAUAAGUUUCAUAUGCCAAGUCAAAACAGGUCCCUUCAAAGAACACUCUCCGAUACUGUUUGAUAUUUUGCAUACUGUUAGAUCAUGGCAAAAGAUUCAACGAGGGUUGUUAAAAAUGUACGAUGAUGAAGUAUUGAAUAAAUUCCCUGUAGUACAACAUUUUUGGUUCGGUGAUGGGUUUUUCCCCUGGAAAGAUCAAAUAACAGGAAAAGAUCUACCUUUAGUUGAGGCUAACCCUAACACAAAUACAAUUACAAAUAAUGAUCGCGAAUUUUUUACAUCUGUACCGACUGCUUCCAAUAGGUCAUUUGAUCAGUAUCAUGUGAAUAAUAUAUACAACAGUACGAUAUCUUCUUCAUCAAUGUUUAGAAAUGUUCAUGUAGGAGCUAACGAUCCAUUAACCAGGCUGAGAGAUACAUCAUUAUUAUCGUCUUCAUCCACUAAUAUAUCCACUACCAUCAGACCACAACUUUCAUCCGGUAACUCAGUAUCGAAUUCAACAAGAGCACUUACAAAUCUAUGUUCGAGGAAAGGUUCAGGGAUCAUGGGGCCUCCGAGUAUAAGAAAUGUUAAAAAUAUUUUACCGAUGAAUCAACAGAAAAAUUCUUUAAAGAAAUGA